AUGGCCACUCCGCGUACAACGACCGGUCGAAUAGCCACUGUUAUAUACGGGUUUAUUGGUUGCACAUGCUGUGUUUUAUUUUUCAACCUCUUUAUUGAACGUCUUAUCACUGUUUUCACAUAUGUGCUAAGAUCGUUAGAUGGUGCUGAUGACAACUGGCGCCCUUCUGUUUACAAAGUAUUUUUUAUGGUUUUUACGUUGUGUGUAAUAUUUAUCUUGAUCUCAGCAGGUUUCUAUACGGUAACCGAACGAUGGUACUACCUAGAUGCCUUCUACUUCUGUUUCAUCGGGUUCGGAACGAUUGGAUUUGGUGAUUUUGUUCCAAAUCAGCUUCCUCAAUAUGAGUACCCUCGAAAUCUUAUUCGUAUUGCAAACUUUCUUAUUCUAAGCUUGGGAGCCAGUUCUGUAUACUGUCUAUUUAAUGUUUCUAGUAUGGUUAUCAGGCAGUUUCUGAACUGGCUGAUCAAGAGAAUGGAUGUCAAAACUGAUGAUUCUCGGGACUUCUUUUGUUUACGAAGAAAACGCAAACGAUACAUGGGGCUUGGUUUGCGCCCUCCACCAGGCUAUGACCCGUCUGAAACAAGUUCAUGUAGCGGCGAAGGAUUGCUCUCCCUGAAAGAAUUCCUUAUGACCAACCAGACCAGCAUCCUAACCAUACAAAGACACUUGAUCCAAGCGGUAGCACCGCCUGUAAAGCCGACGAACCAACCAGAAAAAAUCAGCGCAAACCGAAUAGGACCAAUGGGUUUACUGACAGAAAAACUUGGAGACAGAUAG